AUGGCGUUGCUGUUCCUCAAGCAGAAGCUUUUCCCAACUUGGUGCAACGGAAACCAGCGUUCUUCCCCCAGGGAUCGCUAUCUGAAGAAAAACUGCUCUCCGUCUUCUGAUCUGAGACGCCCAUUGCUACCAGACUCGGACAACCUCGACGGCUCGACUGUUGAUGGUGGGAGUGACCGGGACGUCGAGGCACAAAUGACAUCCCCGUACAGCACAUUUGCCUCUGGCCCUCCAGAUGAUGACGACGAAACAGCCUCUAGCAGCUCCGGCACUAGCACGCGUUCUCGAGUCGAUCCACGGCUGAUAUCUGAUGCCAUCCUGGGUCUUUCGGAUGGCUUGACUGUCCCCUUUGCGCUGAGUGCCGGUCUUUCUGCCAUUGGGGAUACCAAAGUUGUCGUCAUUGGAGGGCUGGCUGAAUUGACAGCCGGUGCCAUCUCCAUGGGACUUGGCGGUUAUGUUGGUGCAAAGAGUGAAGCUGAAUCCUACAACGCCACCGUUCGGGAAGUCAAUGAUCUCAUCGGCCGCCCGGACGAAACGCGCUCAAUCAUCCAGUCGACAUUCGCAGCAUAUAAUCUUCCUCCGCAUGCUGUCUACGAAAUCGUGGAAACACUGCAGGCAGACCCAGACCGACUCCGCGACUUUCUCCUCACUUUCCACCACCAAGAGACCGAGCCCGGCUGCAAUCAGGCAUAUGUGUCGGCGCUGACUCUUGCUCUGGGCUAUUUCAUUGGAGGCUUUGUCCCCUUGGUUCCGUAUUUCAUUGUCAGUGAGGUUCUUGUCGCCUUUUACUACAGUAUCGCCGUCAUGGCCGUCACGCUCUUCGUUUUUGGAUAUGUGAAGACCUGUGUUGUCAGAGGCUGGAAUGGCAGUGCCAAUAUCCAAGCUGGCAUCAUGGGCGGUCUUCAAAUGUGCGUUGUCGGCGGUCUGGCUGCUGGUGCCGCUGUUGCUUUGGUGAAAUUGAUCAACGGCGAUGAUCAAUCUGCAAACCCGAAGGUCAAAGCCGAGUAG